AUGGCUAGGAAGACUCUACGGCUAGCACUGGUAGCAGGGGAGCUACUACAACACAAGAGGCUGGCUAAGGCACUACAGCCUUUCCAUGUGAGGGAGAGGGAGGUCCUACAAUUCGUCCAAGACAUACGUCCUACUGACUGGCACUGUGAUGUAGUGAUAAUACCUGAUAUCACUAGAGACCCUAUAGGGCCAGCCCGGACCCUCCGAGACUUCGACUGUCUAGUGGUCACUACGGAGACAGCUAAAGGUGGUGUUGUGGUGAAUGAGGCACGGAAGGAGGCUGGCUGCCCUGAGGUCGCUAUAGUGGAGGUUGCUUUGAGGAGUCAAGGGUCACAGCAUGGUGGUAAGGUGAGCUCUACUGAUGUUAGGGAGUAUAUGAGUGAUAAGGCAGGGGGAGAGGAAGCCUUGAACGCCAUGUACGAUAAAUGGUCCCAGUUAAUAGCAAAGGCUUGCGCAGUCGAUGGUGUUGUUGAUGAUGAUAAGCAUGAACAGCUUCAAUUGAAGAUCGAUGAAUGGUGGUCUACACUAAGGGAUCUAUACCUCCAACCUUGGCGCUACUAUCACACACUCAAUCACGUGGGGGAGAUAUUGGGCAACAUUGAGUCCUCUUGUGUGGGUGAAGGUCCUUUACCAAUAACAGUAGCGUCUUCAGCCCACGCCACAACCACCCUACAACUCACUGCAUGGUUCCAUGAUGCGAUAUAUGUACCCGGCCUGGAUGGCAAUGAGGAUGCUAGUCAGCAGUUGUGGCUCAAGUUCUGUCUAGAUGCAGCAGUAGCCUCUGAGCUUAGGGAUGAGGUGUCUGAUAUAAUCCUAGCUACCAAGGACCAUGUGUCUAGUAGAAGUAUAUACCCGGAAGAGGCCUACCCUACCCUCAAUGCCUUCCUAGACCUGGACCUACUAAUCCUAGCUGCGGAUGAGGACCGGUAUAGAGAGUAUGCUGAAGGUAUACGGCAAGAGUACGAGCCUGUGGUAGGAGGCUCUAGCAUAUAUGCCCAACAACGGUGCGGGUUCUUAGCGUCGGUGUGCAAUAGUAAGAGAGCAAUGUUCGCCUUCUGUGGAGGCCCCAGCGAGGCCCAAGCUCGUUCUAAUAUGGAAAUGGAGCUUAAACGCCUACAGCUGCAAUAA